CAGAGACCUGUUCGGAAGGUCGUGGUUACUCGGUAGGGUAGGUUGACGAAAGGGAGGUCGGGAAUGCUUCUCCACAUGGGGUAGCGCUGCGCAGUUCCUGCGGGGAGAAGGGCGUUACGUAAGGCGUGCCCUGCAUGUGCUUCGGAUGGGCUGCCGGUGAGACCUGCUACCGUGCUGGUGCUGCGUCGGGAGGGGAGCCGCACCUACCUGCGUAUUGCGUAGGUUGCUAACGACGUGGGAGUAGAGACACGCUUCAUUAUCAUGUCAAGCGUAGGGCGCAAGCGGGGCGGGAGCGCGAGUCAUUGACGUAAGCUCAGGAAUAUAAAGGUAGGUGGGCUCUUCAAGGUGCUUCGGUUUCUUGACUCUCCCUAUUCUUCUCUCUUUUUUUUUUUUUUUUGCUCUUCUUUUCGAACGAGGAGUCUAUUUCGACGACGACCUACCUACCUAUACACCUCCACUACCUUCACCAGAAAUAGAAAUAGACACAAUGGGCUCCAUUGAUUCCGCCACCAACACCACCGCUGCCAUGGACAUCGACCCAGCCAUGCAGCCCUGGGUCAAGACGCCCCUCAAAGAAUCCAGUGCUCUCUCCCGCGCCGCAGGCUGCAGAAUCCUCCUCAAGCUCGAGAACCUGCAGCCCAGCGGCUCAUUCAAAUCCCGUGGCAUAGGCGCCUACAUGCUCUCGCGGCUGUCCAUUGCGCCCGACCCCACACAAACGCACUUCUACUGCUCCAGCGGCGGCAACGCCGGCCUCGCCUGCGUCGACGCAGCCCGCCGCAUGGGCCGCCCUGCCACCGUCGUCGUCCCCUCCAGCACCUCGCCUGCAAUGGUGGCCCGCGUCCGUGCAGCCGGUGCCCACGAGGUCGUGGUCCACGGCGCCAACUGGGCUGAAGCAGACGCCCAUCUCCGCAAAGACAUACUUGCCGCUGACGCGGCAGGCGUCUACGUCCCCCCGUUCGACGAUGCCGCCGUCUGGGCCGGCAAUGCAGGGCUAGUAGACGAACUCAACACUCAGCUUAACGGCGAGGCCCCCGACGCCAUCAUCUGUAGCGUCGGCGGCGGCGGUCUCCUCAUUGGCAUCGUGCAGGGCCUCGCCGCCGCAGGCUGGGCGGACGUCCCCGUCCUUGCGGUCGAGACAGCCGGCGCCGACUCUCUGGCCGCGAGCCUGAACGCUGGCAAACUCAUCACUCUUCCGGGUAUCACGUCGAUCGCGAAAUCCCUCGGCGCAACCCGCGUCGCGUCCCGUGCCUACGAGCUCGCGCAGCGCGACGCUGUGCGCAGCGUUGUUCUCGAUGACGCAGAGGCGGCCAUGGGCUGCUGGCGCUUGGCCGACGAUGAGCGCUUGAUGGUUGAGCCCGCGUGCGGCGUCAGCGUCGCGCUCUGCUAUGAUGGGAGGUUGGAGCGCGCGCUGGGACGCAAGUUGGGCCCGGAUAGCCGCGUCGUCGUCGUCGUUUGUGGUGGCAACGAUGUCUCGGUUGAGCGGCUGCAUGAGCUUCGUGGCUUGUAUGGCCCGCGGGUGGAGAAGGGCUUGCCGCACCAGGGGGAUGUGCCGAGCGCGCAGACGGCGCCGGUGGUGGUGUAGGUUGGUGUGGGGAAGGGAGUAAGGGUUUGAGUGUAGCUAGAAUGCGUAACUAAUGAUACUUGAUGCUUCUUCUAUCAUUUGCGUAACUAGGGGUACGUUGUUAUAGUCAAUCUGCCAGCCAGUUACUUUACUAUAGCUCAGUUAGCUAUACCUAAGUACCCAUCAGGGCUCAACAAGCU